CCUCGCGCAUCGCACGCACGCUUGCAUUACGCAUCGCACCACCCCUCGAAGCGGAAUACGUGUGGCCGUCUCCGUCUGGCGCGUGGAUUGGCCUGCUACGCUGGCGGCUGUCUCGCUCUGGCGAGGGGCGUGCGGGGCGGGGGCGCUGCAGGCGGGUCGUAAAUCAAGCGGUCUCAUUCCACGCGGGACCGUCUCGGCCGCCGCAGGCUCCGCGCACUUCCCUCCCGACCGCCGAUCGCGGCGCGUCUUUCGCGACGUGUUUACAAUUCCUAAAACUGGGAAGUCACUUGGUUGUCUUUUGAAAUUGUGUUCACCUAUCUGAGUGUUGUUUGAUGGAUCCAAGAGUUCUUCGUGGCGCAUCGUUUUGGAUAUAUUGAAAAGAUUGCGUCCAAAAUGAUUGUCGAGCCGGACCACGUGAGGGAUAGCCCGAGAUGUCUGUCUCGGGAGUCGUCGGGCGCGCCGCGGUGUCCCUCCAAUGACUCGGUGUACUCGGGCCGCAGCGGGCCGGGGCUCCCGCUGCCCGCCGCGCUGACGGCUGCCCUCCCCGCCGCCCUCCCGGCUGCCCUCCUGCCCCCGCACUCGGCGGCCGUCGCAGCAUACCUCGGCGCCGCCGCAGCUGCCGCAGCCCAGCAGAGACUCCUCAUGUCCUGUCAGGAGGACCUCACCGACUCCGAACGAGCCGACGCCGUAUUAGACUUCAGCACGAAACGCAGCGACUCGCCCCACGACGACGAGGACGCAGACGACGCUGUCAAUCUGAGUAAGAAUGAAAAUGGACCUCUCGACCUUUCAGUUGGCACGAGGAAAAGAGGACCGGAGAAUUCUCCGUCACCGGUCCCGACCAGGAAAAGCUCGAGAACCGAGUACAAACCCACGCCUUCGCCGUGGACGACACCAGUCGCGCCGCACUUGCCAUACUUUGCUGCCGCAGUUGCUGCAGCCAGCCUGUCUCCCAAAGGAGGCGUGCCAGCAGACUGGAACGGUAAACUCAAACAUGGAGCUCCUACACCUAGUGAUGCGACUAAGGCCUUAGAGAAGAUGAGCGAGCUCAGCAGAUUGGGUGGCGAAGAAUUAUUUAGGUCAGUCCAGAGCGCCGCAUUAGGAGCGGGUUUAGCACCCAAUGCAGCCGCCAGGCACUCCGCCUGGCAGUCUCACUGGCUAAACAAAGGCGCCGAUCAAACUAAAGACGUUCUAAAAUGCGUCUGGUGUAAGAAGAGCUUUAAUUCUCUAGCAGACUUGACAGUCCAUAUGAAAGAAGCGAAACACUGUGGCGUUAAUGUUCCUGUACCACCAUCGGGGGGCGGCCCCAUACCACAGUCGUUACAGCCGCCAUCUAGCUCACCUUCGACGCCUUCACACAAUUCAUCAUCUUCGAGCAGCUCUUCCAAGCCUAAUCAGAGCGAUCUGAAUAUGCUGAUCAAGGAAAACAUGCCGAUUCCUAGGAAGUUAGUUCGUGGCCAAGACGUUUGGCUGGGCAAAGGUGCGGAACAAACUAGGCAGAUAUUGAAAUGCAUGUGGUGCGCUGAGAGCUUCAGAUCCCUGGCUGAAAUGACCAGUCACAUGCAGCGAACUCAGCAUUAUACGAAUAUUAUAUCCCAAGAGCAAAUAAUUUCGUGGAAGUCUUCCGAUGAAGCCAAGAACUCAACCUCUGCUGGACCUGGGGCCAACAACGCGGCGCCUCCCACCACGGGCACUAGUAGUCAUGUUAGCGCAGUCUUAACUUGUAAGGUUUGCGACCAAGCAUUUAGUUCCUUGAAAGAAUUGAGUAAUCAUAUGGUUAAGAAUUCACAUUACAAAGAGCACAUAAUGCGUUCGAUUACUGAGAGUGGCGGCAGGCGUCGACAGACUCGCGAAAAAAGGAAGAAAUCACUUCCAGUUAGGAAACUACUCGAACUAGAGAGAGCACAACACGAGUUCAAAAACGGUGAGGGAAACGGCGUUCCCAUGGGGAAGCCGAUUAGGGAUUUUGGGGUGGGUAGUAGGAUUACUUGCGAAAAAUGCGGUGAUAAAAUUGAGACUGCGGUGUUCGUUGAACACGUACGACAAUGCAUAGGCGCGCCAAUGUCAAAUAGCCAAAGGAAUUUUCUGAAGAGCGCACUUCUUUCGAAUAAUAUCAUCCCUCCUGACGUGCCCGGGCACAUCACGCCGACCGGCCGCGACGGUCGCAAGAGCAUUAAUGAUGAACAGCCUUCUCCCGGUUCUGCUCACCACCGCUCCCCUUCUUCGGUGAACGAUUCUUCCCCUAGUUCCAAAGAUCCCAACGCUAGCAAUGAUCAAAGCUCGUCUCCGUCAGUACUCAAUGCCAUAGAACAAUUGAUAGAAAAGAGUUUUGACACGCGAUCGCGACAUUCUGUCCCCGGAAUGCCCGGUGGGGCGGCUCAUGCACCCAUCGGCUCUAGUAUUCUGAAAAGAUUAGGAAUAGAUGAGAGUGUAGACUAUACAAAGCCGCUGGUAGACCAGCAAACGAUGAACAUGCUGAGGAACUAUCAUCAUCAGCAGGGCUACGGUCGCAGAGAGCGCAGUGGCAGCGAAUCUAGCUCCAUGUCUGAACGUGGCGGCAGCAGAGUUGAAUCCCUCACUCCCGAUAGAAAGUUAGAUGCUUAUCACAUGACGCCUCGUACCACCCCUGACACUCGCGGUUCUCAAACUCCCGCUUCAGAAGAUCGUCCUACCGAAAUUCGAAUAAAGAAAGAAGUUACUGAAGAUGAGGAGCGUGAGAAUGGCGUGGAUCUGAGCAGUCAGCCAGUCCGUGUUAAAACUGAGGUCGAUGAGGAGGAGGAGCCUCCCCGGCCGGGCAGUUCAACUGAAGACGAUAUCAAACCGGUCGCCAAACGCGAAAGCGAAGGGCCCAGCCCCGCUGCUAGUCCUCGCAGUCCAGCCAGCGACCGCUCUGGUCAUACUCCUGGGGCUGAUAGAAAGCCGCCAUCUAGCUUGGGUGCGCUCUCGUCUAUGUUCGACAACUUAGCUGGUGGGGGUUCGGGAAACGAGCCUAGUUCGUCGCGUCGCAGCGGCAGCCAUCCCCUGGCUGCCCUGCAGAAGUUAUGCGACAAAACUGAAACUAACCCAUCUCGUGCGCCCGCGCCGGCUCCGUCCCCGGCCGGCCCUCCCAGUAUUCUGACCUUCAGUUGGGCUUGCAACGACGCUGUCGUCACAGAUUCCAUCAUGAAGUGCGCUCUGUGCGACACUCCCUUCAUAUCCAAAGGUGCAUAUCGACACCAUCUCUCCAAAAUGCAUUUCGUCAAGGAUGGGGCGCUGCCGGAGCCGGUGCCCAUGAAGGCCCCGCCGGCCGCCGCGUCGCCUGGCACCCACAAGAGCGGCGGCUCCAACGCUGCUUCCCCUCAGGACCCCAGGAGCCCCUCGCAAUCUUUCGAUGAGAGUCCCCACUCCAAGUUUUUGAAGUAUACGGAACUAGCGAAGCAGCUUUCCAGUAAAUACGUGUAGACUGUACAUAGGGUCUGACGGGCCAUCAGUUGUGAUGAUACCAUAUCCUGCUACGUUAACCUUGCUAGGGUUAGGUCGUGCCGACGACAAGUAUUUCGAAACUCUUUGCCAAUUUAAUUAUUUAGGUAAUUAUUGUUAGAGUUCACCGCAUAGUUCGGUUAGUGUAAUUAACGACUAGCGAUUUAAGUAUACGCCAAACGUCUUACGUUCGUUUAGAUGUAAGAGAAUAUUUUCAAAAUAUUGCCUUUAGGUCGAUUACGGUUGCUGGUGGCCGGAGAGGCCACGCUUUUCUUCCACACUACGUUAUUCCAUUUCGAUAAUUGUAAAUAUAAGUCACAUUAAGUCAUAAAAGUUCGAUUCGAUCUCUUGUAAAUGUAUAUUUUUUGCUAAUAUUCUAAAAAUGGAUAAUUUCGUAUUUUGAAUUGCAAUUGCCUUUUGCAUGUGGUCGAGGAGACCGACGUCGCGUUGUCGUUCUUUCAGUAUUUUUUUAAAAAUCGUUGCAAUAUCUUUUUUUUGUGUUACUUAAUUUUUUAUGUAAAUCAGAGUUAGGAUUAAUGUGGUCUUUAGUUUAUUUUAUGUAUAUUUUGAAGUGUUCUUGUUUUUUGGAGAGAUCCGUCGAUGCCGCAAUCUCGGAGAUCCAAUCUCAUUCAUUUUGUUCGUGUUGUAAAUAUGACAUAGAACGUGUAGGGUUGGACUGGAUCUGUCAGCUGUCAGUCGGUAGUAUCGCCAUUGUCACUUACGCUAUCCUCGGUGUGAAGGACAGUUUUAUAAUUUGACAGACACUGACAGAUUCAGUUGAACGCUACAAACAAUCUCUUUAGUGUAAAUUUUGCUCUAGGUACGCUCUCAAUGCGAGAUUGCUAUUUAUUAUUUAGUAUUAAGUACAUAAUGUUAGGAGACCUACGUCUGUGACACUUGUAUACCAUUAUACCCGCAUUAUUGAUUGGUUGAGAAACCAAUUAUAUAUUUAAAAAGUGAUACGUUAUACAGUUUUUUCUUUGAAAGGAUUGACUACAUUGUAUACGUUUAGAACCUUCAGAAUUAUUGAGAGAUAUCUUCCAAUGUAACAUCAGAUAUACGAAGUGUAUAUACGGUACAUACGAGUGAAAAGCUCUUUUAUAUUUAAUAAAAAAAUAUUGUAAACUGUGUAAUGUAAGUGUCGAGAGAUACGAUGUAAAUUGAUAGUUUGAGACGAUGUAGUUUCCUUUAUAAAAUCAUUCAUAAAGUUCCAAACAAGACAGAAGUACAACACUAUUUUUAAUAUGAUUACUAAGCAGUACUAUCUUACGCCCUUCCCUUACUACGUAGUCUCAAAUUACCAGUGACUUAAAUCAAAAAUUUUAAAUCUUAAAACUAUCAUUUUAACGAUAAUAAUAAAACAUACGACAAAUAUUAUGUAUACGCUAACUCUGAUGAGAGAUUUUUGCUCAUUCUUUAAUAAAAAAGGUGUUGAAAUAUUGAUUUUACCAAAUUUAAUAAUCUUAUUUAAUAUUUUAUGUUGUAUUUCAAAAUGCAAUUAAAAGC